CCCACGUCUGCCGGCGAUGUCACCAAUUCCCGUCCCCCACCACAAUCCUCAACACAUGUGACAGACGUCAUUCUCUUCUCGCUCUUUCACUCGACCCAACACUCCAGCGUCUCACGCUGCGCCGCCAAUAUCGGCCGGAAAGAUGUCGGGCCUCCUCUCGUAUGUGCCCAUUGCCAACCGGCUCGUCGGUUCAGGCAUGAGGCAACAAGCAAUCCAUCUUCCGCCCGUCGAGGUCCACCAUAUCGAGACCAACCCUGGGCGAAGAGCCCGAUGCCUGAAGCACCUCCUCAAGGCCAAUCAUGUCAACUACUCCAUAGUAUACAACGAGCGGCGCUCGCUGAACCAAACUUCUCACCUUCUAAGCACUGCAUAUCUGCUCGGCGCCGAUGAGGCGAAGCUGAAUGACUUGUACGAGGUCGGCAUCAAGCACCUGCAGCCAUGGACGCCGUCACCCGCAGAGGUCGCCGACCUGGACUGGCAGGAUUUCCUCGGAGACAGGGAGUACCAGCGAGCCUACGUCGACUACUUCGAGGACAAGCUCGCCAUGGAUUUUGCCUACAACUGGAAGCAGGAGCUCCAACACUUUCUUUUCAGUGGCGAUUUGUCAUUGUGCUAUAGCCUAAUUGGCGAUGCCGCGCAACCCCUUAUUCAUCUUGGAUACGCCUACGAGAUGGACAGUAAGGAGCUCGCCAUGGAAGCCCUCGGCCUAGCGUGCAUCCAACACAACUUCCUACACAAAUACGCGGCUGAAGCUGCGUACACCCGACCAUCUCCACUCACAUCCGACUCGCCACUAGAUCUCCUCAUCAAAAUCUCAGAAGAUGAGCGGUUUAGCAAGAUUCCUGAGGUGAACAAUUUCUGUGGGCUGGAGCGAGUCUUCGCCGAGCAUGAGGAUCUCAUCCUGGAAUACUGGAACGCGCUGGACUUGGAUGACGCUAUGGACCAGUUCCGGCUGUCCCAAGAAGCACCAGUGGCUUUGCUGGCAACGAGCGUCAAGGCAGGUACUCACAUAUACAGCGCGGGCUUUGUUCAGCUCCUGUCGGCCAGCCACGCCAUUCGGGUUCUGCUGCCAUACGUCCCCUCCGAACAUCACGUUGCCCUGCUGAGACAGUGGUGGCUCCUUGCCAUUGCGGUUUUUGUCCUCGCCGGACGCCCAAGGCCAGACCCGGAGAGCCUCGACGUCGAUGUCAGUGGCAAGGAUUGGGCGUGGGUGCAGAAGACGGCUCUCGCCUCGAAGUGGUCGCACGAUGCUGGAUUUCUUGAAGCGAUUCGCACCAUGAAGGAGAAUGCCAAAACGUGGGGAGAUGGACAAGAGAUGUAUUUGGAGGCAGCGGUGAUGUUUGUCAAAGAAUUCAAGGGUUGGUCGGCGUGAGCCGGAAAUAAGUCGCGGACACGUAAGGUCGAUGGCCAGACAUACGAAAUGUACGUUGCCGUGCUCUUGCAUUUCGAAUCCCCGUUGCAGCC